CUGGUUGGGCGCGGCGCAGUGGUGACUGAGCUGCGAGCCUGGCGGGCGUGCGCCGAGCCCCGGCCCGGCCUCCGCGUGCCCCCCGGGCUCCGCACCCCUGAUGCUUCGCGGGUGUUGAGCCCGCCCCGGCUGGGACGAUGGUGAAGUAUUUCCUGGGCCAGAGCGUGCUCCGGAGUUCCUGGGACCAAGUGUUCGCUGCCUUUUGGCAGCGGUACCCGAAUCCCUAUAGCAAACAUGUCUUGACGGAAGACAUAGUGCACCGGGAGGUGACCCCUGACCAGAAGCUCCUGUCCCGGCGACUCCUGACCAAGACCAACAGGAUGCCCCGCUGGGCAGAGCGACUGUUUCCUGCCAAUGUUGCUCACUCGGUGUACAUCCUGGAGGAUUCUAUUGUGGACCCACAGAACCAGACCAUGACCACCUUCACCUGGAACAUCAACCACGCACGGCUGAUGGUGGUGGAGGAACGAUGUGUUUACUGUGUGAACUCUGAUAACAGUGGCUGGACCGAAAUCCGCCGGGAAGCCUGGGUCUCCUCUGGCUUAUUUGGCGUCUCCAGAGCUGUCCAGGAAUUUGGUCUUGCCCGGUUCAAAAGCAACGUGACCAAGACUAUGAAAGGUUUUGAAUACAUCUUGGCCAAGCUGCAAGGUGAGGCUCCUUCCAAAUCUCUUGUUGAGACAGCCAAGGAAGCCAAGGAGAAGGCAAAGGAGACAGCACUGGCAGCUACAGAGAAGGCCAAGGACCUUGCCAGCAAGGCAGCCACCAAGAAGCAGCAGCAGCAACAGCAAUUCGUGUAGGCAGCCCAGGCCCUGGGGCGGCGGCCCAUCAGACUACCAGGCUCAGGUCCCUCUGCUCUCUCCCCUCGUACUUGAUGAUUAAAAGGCAACUUCCAGCUCUCUCUACUGUCUGGGUGGUGGGCUGGGGAUGGGGUAUCCUGUUAGGCAUCUACAGUGCACCAGGCACAUUAUCCAUAUCUGAGCCGGGCCUGCUCAUUCUCACGUUGGGCAGCUGAGGACAGAGGCACAGAGAGGUGCAGUGACCUGCUCAGGGUCACAGACAGCAUGUGGGUUACGUGGUCAUAAAUGCUAGACUGUACGCUCCACGAGAGCAAGACCUGUGUUUUGUUCUCUGCUGUGUCUAGGUACUGGAACAAGAUCUAGCACAUAACAGGCACUGAAUAAAUAUCUGUUGAGUUCAGUUAGCCCA